GGCGGCGGCGGGGCCGUGAGGGGAGGGCGAGCUCCGCGGCUCGGGGGCUCCGUGCGGACCCCGCCCGGGGCGGGGCAGCGCCGGCAGUGCCGGCAGGGCUGAGGGGAACGAGGCGGCCCCUCGGUGACGGCCGGUUUUUAUGCCGCGCGGCUGCUCCUACCGGCCGUAGGGAGGAGCGGGGCUGUGCCAGGCAGCCGUGUUUUUAAAGUUAAAUAUUUGGUAUUUGUUAAUAAAUCGCCUCCGCGGCUCGGCUGCUCCUGUGCUUGACCCCCACAGCAGAGCCCGGCAGACUGAGGUCAUUGCUGGCUCUGCCAGUGAACAAAGAGAAACAAAAUGUUAAUAUCACGGCUGAGUUCCCAGUUACUGAAGGCUUCGAGAAUUGCAGGCCACCUCCUGCCCAGGUCGGUGUCGUCGUUCCUGUGCUGCCGCUCUCCGUGCGCGCGCUACAGCACCCAGCCCCCCAACACCAGCGGGGCCCAGCCCCAGCAGUGGCACACGCUGGACCCCGAGCUGGAGGAGAUCCUCAUUCCCAGGAAACUCUCCAUCAGCCCCUUGGAGAGCUGGCUGACCGUCAGGUACUCCCUGCCCAAAGCCGGGGACGCGCGGGGGGAAGCCGGCCAUGAAAAGCCGCAGCCCUUGGAGUGUCCCCCUGCUGCUGGGACAGCGGUUGUGGAGGAAGGAGAGGGAGGCCUGGGUGACAAGGUGCAGUGCAGGAACGUGCUGAAGAUCCGCAGGAGGAAAAUGAACAGGCACAAGUACAAGAAGCUGCUCAAGAGGAGGAAGUUCAUCCGCAGGAGGGUAAAGGAGGGGCGCAAGAAGAGGCGUCAGAUAAAAUUUGAGAAAGAUUUGGAGCGCAUCUGGAAAAAAGCUGGCUUGAAAAGUGCUCCUGCAGGGUGGCAAACCCCCAAGAUCUACCUGAGGAGCAAGCGAUAAAAAAAAAAAACCCCACCUGUCACAAAUUUUAACCUGCAAUUGUAAUUAAAAAAAUAUUUAAGUAUGUUGAUGACAUUUAACCUUUUUCUGAUUGUGAUGGAAACGGUAGGAAGGAGUUUUCCCAGGACAAACUGGCAGCUUUUCCUCCCCAGAGGAGAGGUGGGAGCUCUUUCCUGUGGUCAUUGCUGAAUUUCUGGAGUCUCUCUUUGAGAUGAGGCUGAACCUAGGAAAAAUCAGGUGUGGGAGAAGGGAUCAGUGAAAGAAUUCCUCUUGUUUAUAUGGCACAAAAAAGUUCUUUUCUAAAUUGCAUUCUUUCACAGCCUUGCUGCAGAAAGGUUGGGGUUUUCCUGAGAGUUGUGGUGGGGUGGGAAUGGGAUCAGAAUUCCGUGGAAUUUACCUGCAGGAGCUUUUGUUGUCUCUUACGUGGAGCCUUGUGAGCAUCCUUAAAAGGCACAUUUCUUUUUGUGUUAAUAAAAAAUGGUUUUUUUUUUGUCUUUGACUGACCCCUGUCAUGUAAAACAUCCAGAUAUUGGUCAAAGCUCAGAGCUAAUUGUUCAUUAAGUACAAAAACUUUUGUGCCUGAGACAAGCCUGAUACAAUCAGCUGCUUUUGCAUGGUUGAAGAGAGUUGUGAGAGCUGUGAAAAAUACAGGUGUUUAAAAUAAACCCUGACAGAGGACUUUUAA